ACCGAAGUCCAAUUUGCACGAUCGCGGUUCGCUCGAGCCAUCGCGCUGCAUCAGUAUUUAAUUACUCGCCGUCUACGGAGUCCGCGACAUCUCGUCUUUUAUCAGUGUCUUCCUAUCGCGGUAUCGCGCUCCAUCUCUGACACCUCGAUUGUUGUGCGCGCUUAUCUAUCACGUGGAAACGCCUGUUUCCCGCUUCUGGGAUCUCCGUCGGUUUCCCGCGCGAACACGGAAAAUUCCGCGUGUCCGUUCCACGCGGAGCGGAACGCGCAGUUCAGUAUUCUCGAGUUCUUCGUACUAUCGAGCAAAGAAGCGGAGCUAAAGAAGCGGAGCACGCGGUUCCCGUGAAAUUGCGCACCGGACGGUAACAUUGGACACUCGCCAACACCGAGAACACGUGGUCGCGCAUCGACUACCACGUGUCGUGUUUCAGAAAGAUCGAGAUUCUCGGAAUCUUUACAAUACAGAGACGACAGAGUACCACGUGAGUUCACGGACCACGUCGAGCAUCACGGUCCGGAGUAAGCGUGGGACGAGUUGUCGCGAAACAUCUGCGAGGCAUUUGUGGAAGCCGGCGAGAGACGCAUCAGCAGGAGGCCACGCGUUUGAACGGAUAUUUGUCUGUGCAUGGGCACGACCGUACAAGUAGUGACCUGAAGAGAACGGUGGCGCGGCGCCGGUAGCCCCUAUACGAGACUGGCAUCAUUAAAGUUGAUCCGUGAAAACGACCGGUCGUCUCGAUGGUGGAGUGUACUAAUGUUAUAUAAUAGCAUGCAGUUCGCAUAUCGGUACACGUGGAAUCGAGAGAUCAUCGUCAACUCCCAGAAGCUCGUGAAAAGACGCUGAAUAUCGGCCGUGCCCGUCGCGAUUACACGUGGGAGGAUCGCAACGUUCUUCUCGACGUCCACGUACGAGCCGCGGCAGCGCGCUACGUCGUCGGCGUUACCGAAGAAACGAACGUAUUGGGAUUAUCGGCCCUUACCAACCAGCUACAUUAGAUACAAACUCCCACCUGAUCUCUCUCCCGUCCCUUUAACAAGGAAAACACACCAGACCGCGCGCAAUUACCAUGGCUGCCUUAUGUUACAGCGAACACUUUUCUGAUUGGCUGGAAGAAAAGAUAAAUUUGCCGAUAUAUGAUAAUCUAUCCUAUUUCGAAAACAACCUAAACAAACUGCCGCAACCAACUGCUCCGUAUCCUCUCGCGAAGGUACCACAGCAGCAACAGCAACAACAGCAUGACAACACGCAAACCCUCUUGCAGGAGUUCGAAACGGUUUUGACGGACGUCGAGGCUUGCCAUCAGAUAAUUCCGCCAACCAGUUCGACGCUUACUCCUCCGCAAUCGCCCUCGCAUAAAACGAUCAAUGUGGACACCCAAUUGCUGGUAACCUUGCAGCCCGUGCAACCGUUCGCCGGCAAUCAGCCGAUAUACGAUAUCGUUCCAUCUGAAGAGCCGACGUACGUGAGCGAUACACCGCGUCAAUGGAACGUCGAAAGCAUAUCGCUGAAUCCUCUCGGGGGGGAUGUUGCGAAUGAAUUGGCGGUAGUGGACGAAUACGUUCGCUCGCACACCAAGGAUAUACCGUCUCCCUCAAGCCCGUGUAGUUCCGGUGGUAGUAGCAUCUCGACCGAUGACUCCACCGACGAUCCCGAUUGGAGUUUCGAAACCGAGAGAAAAAGCCUGAAGCAAACGGUUCACGAUUCUUCGAAGCUUCGUCAUAAACCGUACUCUCGAUCGUCUCUCGAUGACAAGAAAGUAAGGAAGAAGGAGCAGAAUAAGAAUGCGGCUACUCGUUACAGGCAGAAGAAGAAACAGGAGGUCAAGGAGAUACUGGGCGAAGAGCGCGAACUGGCGGAGCAUAACGAAAAGCUGAAAGAGAAAUUGAAAAGUCUGCAACAAGAGAUAGGAUAUCUGAAGGGAUUUAUGAGGGAUGUGUUCAAGGCAAAGGGUUUUCUCAAAUAAUCCAUUCGUCCAGGAACCCUCACCGCCGUCAACAUAAUUGUUAAUUUUAGAUAUUAUAUCCAUUAGUUUUUUUAUUUUUAGAUGUUUUGUUUUUGCCACUAACUAUUUUACAAUUGUACUAAUAUUUUUAAUACGGUAAUUCACGUUUCACACGUUAUCUGUUUGUUCGUAAUUUUCUUAUUUCUUAACAAGUAUUCGUCAAUAUAUAUAUAUAUAUAUAUACAUAUAUACGUAAUAAUGCGUACGCAGCUUUUUAGAGAGAGUCUACAGACAAACAAAUCGUACCUACUCGAAAGAGAAGGCGCAUGCAAGGAUAAAACGCGAGAAAGAAGUCUAAAGUUACACCUACUUUUAGAAUAAAAUGUACAUUAGGGACGACCUAAUAAUCCACUAGAGAACGGGAUCCAUCAACCAUCUAAGCACGGUGCGUUAGAUAACGCAUGUAAACUGUCGAGUACGCAUAUGAAGCUUUAACGAGCGGAAACUUGCUUACUCGUAUGCAUUCCACCAGUUAUCUACCGCACCUCUCACGAAUGCGAAUCUUUUCAUUCCGAUUAAUUUUUACCCUUUAUUGCAUAUUAUACUUUCAUACGGCAAAUUAUGUAGAAUAUAAUAAAUGGGUUCAAUGAAACAAG